AUGACAGGUCCUCCUGCUGUUAUGUUACCAUCGAUGACAUCCCCUGUCUUCCCAAAGCCAAAGAAGUUGUCUUUUGCGGACAUCAACGUCCCGAAUGACUACCCAUACGACCUUACCUUUGGUACACCCGACUACGAAGAUACCAUCGCUGUUUUAAACGCGUAUUACUCUCAAGCCACGAGAAUGACCGCUGACGAUCAGCUGGAUAUGGUUGAAAUCAUAGAGAGCGGCAAAUACCUCAAAACCGCAAGCGCCAGAACGUCUGGAGCAUCUCACCGUCUGUAUCGAAAAGCCCAGGAAAGGAGCUUCACACCUGAAUCCAUCAGCUGGGCGAGUUUUCUCAUUCUAAACGCCCUUUACAGCUACAAGCUCCCGGAUAAGUAUCAUGAAGCCGUUAGAAAACGAUUUGGCACAAGAGUUGUGCAAGACUUCUCGGAAGAAUACUUCCGAAUCUACCCUAAACAGUCACACAUCCUCCCAACGUCAGCCGACGGCGAGACCUCCGAUGUCUAUACGCCUCCAGUAACGCGUAAGAGAUCUAAGGAGGCUGCAGAAGACAUGGACCAAGCCAACGCCCCUACACAGCCUCGUGCACAACUUCGUGCUAGAAAGCAGGCCAAAUUUGAGGAGGCUCCCAUGACGGAUACCAGCACUCCGCCUACGUUGCCCCCCCGCAACGGCCAGGAGACGUCGUCCGUAAAGGUCGAGACUUCGGCAGCUCACCUCUCGGAUGAGAUCAUCGGCGCAAACCGUUCUGUUGAUCCGGGUUUGUUUACGCGCCAGGGUGGCCUUCAGGGAUCGUCUGAGAACUUUGGCGCCUCUCAGCCCUUGUUCGGAAGACUCAGCGCCCCGGAAAGACUAUUCGCCAACUACGCCAUACCUCGGCCAGCAUCCCAAAACUCGUUCCUGAGUGAGAUGAGGGAGUGCAACUGGGCCCAGGCGAAUACCUCAAAUGACCAAGGUGCCAGCAACAUGCCAGCAAAGGCAACCGCUACCGAUGGAUCUCGACAAGAGAUGAGCGCUCCUGACGCUGAAAUCGGGGGCGCAUGCCCAGACGUCAUGAAAAGCAUUUCAGACAUGAAGUUCGUGAUGGAGGAGGACCAUUUCCGUCUCGUUGGGAAAGUAGACAAACUCCAACAAGAUACCUCCGACAACACUGCGAAGAUAGUCUCUGAAAUAGCCAAGCUCAAAACUGAGCUCAAGGCUGAGCUCAAGGCUGGGAUUCAAGCCGUUAUUGAAGCUGUUGUUCAAGCAGUUCUCAGCAAGUCAGAGGCAGACCACGCUGCCAUCCUGAAAGACAUCCAGUCUUUCAUGGAAGCUAUCGUGAAGAGAUUUGAGGAGAAUUGA